GAUAACCACGGGGGGAGGAGGGAGUGGAGGGAGGGGAGGGGGGAUAUAGGAGCGGCGCACACGCCUCCAGCCGCCUGUUUAGAGAAACUCCCCUUUCAGCACCCUGGACAGAGGCAGCCGCUUUACUUUUCUGCCGGACUCACACACACACUCACACACUCACUCACUCUGACGCUCACGCACACACACACGCCGUCUCCAGCUCGGAAUCAAAGAGCAACUUGAUGAAUAUUCAAAGUUUCCGCUCUUCGGCGGCUGACGACAGGAGCAGAGAGAUCGACGGUUUCGCAGGAAUCGAGCUGCAGUCGGGCAGAGCUCAGGUCUCCCUCCAGAGGAUACAUCUCCAGUAGCCUGUUACGCAUCCGUUUUUGUUUUUUGCAUUUUAAAGAAAAGUCGCAGGCGUGCGUCUUCCCCUCACUGCGUGGAUCAUCGGGACAUCUUCAAAAAUGUUGCUGGAACACCCGGGGUCAAGUUGUCAGAACGCCGGAAAUUUCUCCCGGUACAGCUCGGGUCAAGAGAUCCCAGUGUGCGCGGGCUGCAACCAACACAUCGUGGACCGCUUCAUCCUCAAAGUGCUGGACCGCCACUGGCACAGCAAGUGCCUCAAGUGCAGCGACUGCCAGGCGCAGCUGGCCGAGAAGUGCUUCAGCAGGGGCGACAGCGUCUACUGCAAAGAGGAUUUCUUCAAGAGAUUCGGGACCAAAUGCGCGGCCUGUCAGCAGGGCAUCCCGCCCACACAGGUGGUGAGGAGAGCGCAGGACUUCGUCUAUCACCUGCACUGCUUCGCCUGCAUCGUGUGCAAGAGGCAGCUGGCCACGGGGGACGAGUACUACCUGAUGGAGGACAGCAGGCUGGUGUGCAAGGCCGACUACGAGACGGCCAAGCAGAGAGAAGCAGACUCGACUGCAAAAAGACCACGAACCACCAUUACCGCUAAACAGCUGGAAACGCUGAAGAACGCCUACAAUAACUCUCCCAAACCCGCCCGCCAUGUCCGGGAGCAGCUCUCAUCGGAGACGGGCCUGGAUAUGCGGGUUGUGCAGGUUUGGUUUCAGAACAGGCGAGCCAAAGAGAAAAGGCUGAAGAAGGACGCCGGUCGGCAGAGGUGGGGCCAAUACUUCCGCAACAUGAAGAGGUCGCGAGGGAGCUCCAAAUCUGACAAGGACAGCAUCCAGGAGGAGGGCAUGGACAGCGACGCCGAGGUGUCUUUUACAGAUGAACCACCCAUGUCAGAACUCGGCCUCACUAACGGCAUCUACAGCAGCCUGAGUGAGUCCUCUCCAGCCAUGGGGGGCCGCCAAGGGGGCAACAACCAUGGCUCCUUCCCCAUGGAGCAUGGCGUCCUUCCCUCUCAGGACCAGUUCCACGAUAUCCGCUCCAACAGCCCCUACGGCCUUCCUCAGUCGCCGGGGUCACUUCAGGGGCUACCCAGACACCAGCCGCUCAUCUCGAGUUUGGUCUACCCCGACUCCGGCCUUUCAAUCAUGACCCAGGGCAGCGGGCCGGGGAUCAACCCUGCCGUAAGAGCCUCCAUGGGAGGUGCCAAUGGCCCAAGCUCGGACCUCUCCACUGGCAGCAGUGGAGGAUACCCGGACUUUCCUGCCAGUCCUGCCUCCUGGUUAGAUGAGGUGGACCACGGGCAGUUUUGAAGAGAUAUUUGACUUUUGACUUUUUUUUUUUUUUUUUUUUUGGUUUUCUGUGUCUUCUGUUGGAUUUUAGAAACUGGAAAUUAGUCACGCAGUGGACAGUGGUUGUUUAAAGGACUUAGACUGCUGUCCUUGGAUUCUCUCACCAAUAUCUGACUAGCAGUUUCUCUCUAUGUCUGUGAUUUGGAUGGCAGGAAGGAGGAAAAACUGUCCUUUGUUAAAAAGCACUUGGCCUAACAACUGUCCUGAAGAUAUUUAAAGCAAGAAAUCUGUCAAAAAUGUUCAGUUUUCAGAUACCACUAUAAGCUUUUUCUGAACAAUGAACAGACCACAAACAGAGAAAUAGAUCAUUUGGACUUUUCACCAACCCCACCUCUUCAUUCUCGUCAGCUCUGUGUUCAGGUACAGAAAUCAGUUCAGCGUUCAGAGUCUUUAAAUGUCUGGUUGUUGCCAAAUGUCUAUACAUAUAUAUAUAUAAAUAUACUAUAUAUAUUGGUUUAUCAUUGUGGAGACUUUAUUUUUAUACAAACCCCGUCUUGGACAUGAAUAAGAACCCAGAUAUGAGGACUUUGUACAUUCUUAAACAGGGAUAUAGGCAAAAAUGAAGUAGAUGUUGUCUUAAAUGGUACCUAGGGGUCCAAUUACUUCUAUGCAUUUGUGUGUUCUCAGAUGUAUCUCGUUCGUUUUGUUCAACAAACCCCGAAAGGAAGAACUGCUUUGACACCCCAGGGGUCUGAUGUAUAUGUUUGUUUAUGUGGA